AACUUCAUCAAUAGCGACACCGGCCGAUGCCCGAGUGUGUCAGUCCUGCAGGAGCACGAGUCAAGACGAGACGAGACGAGACGAGACGAGACGACCGGCGGCUCGGCCAGACGAACAGGGACAAUGACGGGGAAUCACUGGGGCUAUGGCAAAGAGGACGGUCCUUCUAUAUGGCACAAAAACUACCCUGUUGCCCAGGGGAAUCAGCAGUCUCCCAUCGACAUCGUACCUCAUCAGGCUUCACAUGACCCCAACUUGGGCCCGAUUGUCCUCAACUAUGAUCAGUGUACCUCCAUCAACAUCUCCAACAAUGGGCACUCCGUAGUGGUAGAGUUUGAUGACUUGGACGACCGUUCAGUGAUCCAGGGCGGCCCUCUCGACAACCCCUACAGACUGAAACAGUUUCACUUUCAUUGGGGCGGAAAGGGCUGCCGUGGCUCUGAGCACACUGUCGAAGGAUGUAGCUAUGCAUCUGAGCUUCAUUUAGUUCACUGGAACGCUGUCAAGUACAAGACGUUUGGGGAGGCGGCAUCAGCUCCCGACGGCCUCGCUGUCCUCGGCAUCUUUCUAGAUACAGGUGACGACCACAGAUGGCUCCACAUGAUAACAGAUGCUCUGUACAUGGUCAAAUUUAAAGGCAGCGUCACAGAUUUCAAAGGUUUCAACCCCAAGUGCCUCCUGCCCAGCAGCCUCCACUACUGGACGUACCCAGGAUCACUGACCACUCCCCCUCUACACGAGAGCGUCAUCUGGAUUGUCCUGAAGGAGCCGAUCACGGUGUCUGAUAAACAGGUGGGGAAGUUUAGAAUGCUUCUGUUCAGCGGAGAGGAAGAGGAUCAGAGGACACGCAUGGAAAACAACUUCAGGCCUCCGCAGCCUCUCAAGGGAAGGAAAGUCCGUUCCUCUAAUUAAUGUGACCUCAACAGAUCUUGAGUCAAAGAUGACAAAAAAAACCUCUUUUAGAAAACAGUGAAUGCAUUAAUUUGAGUGAAUUUUUUUUUUCCACACCUCAUGGUAGCUUGUCCUGAGGAGGAUUUUUGAUUUACUCUGUACAGAAAGUAAAAGUUCACGGAGGAAUUCUCAUCACUGCCAGCACAAUGAGAUGUUUCACUCUGAUCAGAAAGCGUAAGAGUAAGAAUCAGUUUAUCGAAAAAUAAAAGCACAUGAAGCAAUAAAAUAGUCUCCUAAUAUUCUAAAUACAUAUUAUUGUAUUAUUAGGCCACUACUGUGUUAUUCAGUGAUAUUAGCUUAUUAUUAUAAGUGAUACUUUCAUGAAAAUUCAAAGGUUGGAUGUAACUUUUACCUCCAUAAGCUGUUCAAGGACAGCGGGUGAUGCUGAGACAACAAGGUGCUAUACAUCAACUAACACAAACUAUCUUGUACGUCGCUGUUAUAUGUAACAGGUACGUUCGUAUUCCAGUGCUUCAUACCACUGUGUCGUCUGCAGAACCACAGCCUCUGCCUCCUUACUGAUCCCGAUUGAUCCCUCGUUGAUCCGGCCUGUUGCUGGUGGCUUCACAGUCCUUCAGGCCACCGAGCCCCUUCCAGUGCAACAAUUCCAACUGGAGGUGGGAUCGGAUUAGAGCUGCAUUUGCUCUAACUGGUCCGUUUUGUCAUGGCGGAGGGCGUGAAAGGCUCAGAUUCUUGUCGGAGCUCAAGAGCCAGCAGGGCAAUUUUAUUAUUUUUAGAUUGCUCUACAGAUUUAACAAAGCCUGUUCACACACGAUUUCUCAUAUAGGAUUUAUUCUACUCCAGCAGCCCCAACAAGCGCCCAAUGAACAGAUUUUGUUGUCUGUGGAAACUCUUCUCUCUGAGAUGACAGCAUCCCGCCUCAAGUGGCACAUUUCCUGAUCUAAUGUUUUUACUAUGCAGGAUGUAAUGCACACUGUUAUUAUCAGCUCACCUCUGAAGCUGCACAUAUCUGUACAGUCCAGUGUUGUCUGACAGAGGCCCUGAUGAGUUAUGGCAGCUUUGUGUAAUGCUGGUCCUUAUUUAGAUGGACUUGGAUUUUACUAAUGCAAAGGUAUGAAAGGGAUGCACUUCUUUUUGCUCCCAUACAACAAAACUCGCCUGUGGGGAAGAAGAAUACACCUCUGUUGUGAUUGUUUUGUUGUUGAUGAGAAAAAAUAUAUAUAAUAAAAAUGUAAUUUAA